GUUCCCGACGCCAUUAAGGUGCGGUUUCCCUGGACAGGUGCUUCACCCAUUCUCAACUCAGAGAGGAAUUUAAACUGGGUUUCUUAUUCUCGGAAAACUUUUCACCCUUCUCUUGGAGGAUUUUAGUUACAUUUUAAAGAAGUUUUAAAAUCUUUUUGAAACACUUUUUAAGGACAAAAAAACUUUUUUUUAAAAAAGAAGGAAAAAACAGCGCAGAAACAGAAGAUGGCGAAUAAAGGGCUGCAGUUGCUGGGGUUUAUGCUGGCUAUAGUCGGGCUUAUUGGUCUCAUAGCCGGCACCAUCAUGCCCCAGUGGCAAAUGUCUGCCUAUGUGGGAGAUAACAUCAUCACUGCCGUUUCCAUGUACCAGGGCCUGUGGAUGUCCUGCGCGUUCCAGAGCACCGGGCAGAUGCAGUGCAAAGUCUACGACUCCAUGCUGCAGCUCAGCGGUGCUCUCCAGGCCACUCGUGCUCUGAUGGUCAUCAGUAUCCUCCUGACCGUGAUCGGACUGGGCGUGGCCUCCAUGGGCAUGAAAUGCACCAACUGUGGUGGUGAUGACAAAGUGAAAAAAUCUCGCAUUGCUAUGACCGGAGGAAUCGUCCUGCUGCUGGGAGCUCUGUGUGCCAUCAUCGCCUGCUCGUAUUUCUCCUACCAGAUUGUCAGGGAUUUCUACAGUCCCUUCACUCCAGUCAACACGAAGUAUGAGUUCGGUGGUGCCAUUUUCGUCACCUGGGCCGGAGCGUUCCUCACCGUAUUCGGUGGCGGCCUGCUGGCUGCGUCCUGCUCUAAGCGCCAGUCGUCCAGCCCGACGUAUCCAAAGUCCCGGCCCGCAAGCAGCAACAAGGAUUACGUCUGAGUACCAGGCUCACGCCCGCUUAGAACCAAUCCAACAACGGCAGCGAGCUAGUGGACGUUUCCCUGAGUGGCUGAGCUGAGGGCAGUUAGCAGUUUAUUUAGCUUAAAGCAAAUGUUUCUGAGAUCAGCACACCACAGGGCGACUUCUACAUCUGGUCUGCGGCGACGCCUUAUGUUUUCAACUGUACUUUUUUUCUUCCAUUGUUAACAGUGCCUUUUGUCCUAUGUUUUUUAAUAAGUUUGUAUUCAUUACCCCCAUCUGUAAAUCCAUGCUGUUGUACAGAAGGAUGAUUUGAGGCGGAGUGAUUUUUCUCUCUGAAGUGUACUGUAGCAUGACGCGCUCAGGGAUAAUGUCUAUCUCUGUUUUUUAGAGAAAAUCAUUAAACACGGUAAAUAAAAUGUCUUCCAUCUUUUUCCCCAUUUUGUCUUUAGGCCCAACUACAGAAACAUAAACAAUGGCAUUUAUAUUCAAACACUAACCACGUCCCUUUACGUCUGUCUAAUAUAUUUUUUUACUUUUCAAAUCUUUGAGAAAUAUAGUGAGCUGAGCAUCAUUUUUCCCACCUUCCACGCCCAGCGUUCUGUUUUAUCAAGCUUUGCCGUUGAUCCUGCAGAUCUCUCGACUCUGUACUCGGCCCAAAAGCAAAUAUUAACCUUUAUUUUAUAAACCGUGUCCUCUUAUUCACCUCUUCCACAACACAUUCCUGCCAUUCUCUCUUUCCCAAAAACCUCUUUUUUUUUUUUAAACUCCAGAUAACUUUUUGUGUGCAGUUUCCUUUUCUCUAAAGAAAAAGAAGGAAAAAAAAAGAGUUCCAGCUUUGAGGAGUAAUAGCUGUAGAUACUGUUCAUCUUAGAUUCUUUCACUUUUUUUAAUGUAAUUUUAUGCAAAUUAAUUUUAUGUAAAUAAACAGGAAAUGGAGAACGCG